AUGAAAAGCCCAGAUCUCGGGCACAGGUGCCAUGUUGGAAUACGUGGGGGAAACGGAUUCAGUGAGGCAGGAGAAACACCAAGUUCGGUGAGGCGAGGCUCUGAUGUGGUGAAAUUUGGUUGGGGUUUUCCCCGCCUCGCCCAAUUCAAUUCCGGGUAUGAGAACAUGGGAAAGUCCCAUUGUCUAGUGACAGAAGCCUGCAGGCUAAUCAAAUUCGAUCAUAUUGCUUCCGUCUCAUGCUGCAGGGAGAUUUUCGUCAUUUCAGUUAUAAUAUGCAUAGCUUCAUUUGGGUGUGCUCACUCGGCUCACAUUUACAAUGUUUUGGAUUUUGGAGCUGUUGGCAAUGGCAUAUCUGAUGAUUCCCAAGCUUUUCUAAAAGCGUGGGCGAGAGCGUGUGGUGAUGGUGGGCCCAAUCCCAGCCUACGAAUCCCAGCUGGGAAGACAUUUCUACUGAAACCCGUGGUCUUCAAUGGGCCUUGCAAGUCUACUGCCAUCGGUUUUCAGGUUCUUGGAAAUCUGAUUGCUCCUAACACUAUUGAGGGGUGGGGUGGGGCCAGUAACUGGUUGACCUUUCACGGUGUAGAUGGCCUCAAAAUUUUCGGAUCUGGAAGAAUUGGAGGUCAGGGUGCCGUUUGGUGGAGCAGGUCUUGCAGAAGACACCCUGAGAAGAAAUGCACGGACGCACCAACGGCACUGCUAUUAGAUGCAUGCAAUGACCUUCAUGUUACCGGCAUAACGCUUUUCGACAACCCAAGGAAUCAUAUCUCCAUCGACGGAUGCAACAGUGUAUACAUCUCUUCAGUUACUAUAACAGCCCCUGCAAAUAGCCCAAACACUGAUGGUAUAGACAUCGUACACUCCCAAUAUGUGAAUAUUUGGCAAUCCACCAUAGGAACAGCCGAGCACAUGAAUGAGGUCAGCAAUAUAGUGAAUCAGCUUUCUGUUAUGAAGAUGGUCCUAGAUGAUGAAUUACAGAAAUGCACGGACGCACCAACGGCCCUGCUAUUAGAUGCAUGCAAUGACCUUCAUGUCACCGGCAUAACGCUUUUUGACAACCCAAGGAAUCAUAUCUCCAUCGACGGAUGCACCAGUGUAUACAUCUCUUCAGUUACUAUAACAGCCCCUGCAAAUAGCCCAAACACUGAUGGUAUAGACAUUGUACACUCCCAAUAUGUGAAUAUUUGGCAAUCCACCAUAGGAACAGGAGAUGAUUGCAUUGCUAUUGGUAAUGGCGGCAAGAACAUUAAAAUCAGCUGGGUGCAUUGUGGACCGGGCCAUGGUAUAAGCAUUGGAAGCUUAGGACAAGACGAUGGAUUUGCAGCCGUUGAACAGGUCCAAGUGUUGAAUUGUACAUUCACAGGAACUUCGAAUGGGGCCAGGAUCAAGACAUGGCCGGGAGGGUCUGGGUACGCUCGACGGAUUUCAUUUGAAGACAUGCAUAUGAACGACACGGAUAAUCCAAUCAUCAUCGACCAAUACUAUUGUGAUGGUCACAAGUGCCACAAUCAAACGUCGGCAUCGGCCGUUGACGUAAGCGACGUACGGUUUGUUGGAUUUCAUGGGACGUCGAGUAAGGAGGUGGCCAUCAACCUAGAAUGUAGCAACACUGUCGGCUGCACCGACAUUGUUCUCAACAAUGUUCAACUUACACCUGCUGUUCCAGGAAUGAAGCUAUCAUCCUAUUGCAACAAUGCACAUGGGCCCACUUGCACUUCCUGCGUGCCCCAAGUUCCAUGCCUAAGCUAAUGGCUCGAUGUUGUUGUUGGUGGUGGUGUAGAUUAUUUUUUCACUGCCUGUUUGGACAGCACAAAUAAACUUUGGAAAACUGAUAGAAAUGAAAAAUCUAUUUCAAGUAGAAAUGUGUGGAAAUGAAAAGUGUUUUUUUUUUUCCUGAAAAUAUGUUUUAUCUUCCAUUUUAGCAGUCUGGAACAAUGUUUUCAUAGAAAACAAAAUGUGCCACACAUGUGCCAAAAAGCAAACUUGCAGAAUUGGUCCCAAUGUAGCACACUUGUGCAGGAUCUGAGCCUUGUAUCUUAUGGGCUGCUGUGUGAACAUUUCUACAUCUAGUAGGAGGUGAUCUUCUUUCUAUCUUUACAUUUUCCUCAUGCAAUGUGCCUACAUGAUAAGUGGUCUAGUCUA